AUGGCGGAGUCACAGGCCUCGGCCCCCGAAUGCCCCAUCUGUUUCCAGCCUUAUAACAACGCUUUCCGGAUGCCCCUCAAGUUGCCCGUCUGUUCGCACACCUUUUGCCUUCAGUGCCUGUGCCAGAUAUGCCUGUUUCUGAAGCCUUCGCAGAACUUUCUGUGCCCUCUGUGCAGGACCUCCACCUCGGUGCCCGUGGGAGGAGCACCCCAGUUCCCAGCUAACAUGGAGGUGGUCUCCCAGCUGCCCCCAUCCCAGCAAGAUGCCCUCUGCCGGGUGUGGGUAGAAGGCUCCCAGUUGUACUGUUGCAAAGCCAAGAUCCCGGAGGGGCGAGACAGGGAAAAAGUUCACGUGAUCAGCCUUCUGCCCCCCUCGGAGCCGCCUCAGCCUGGUGGUCUGGUCACCGUUCGCUCCCAGAGGCUCAUCAACUGGUGCAACCUGAACCUGUGGUGCCUGCUGUGGACCGUCUUCAUCCUGAUGCUCUGCCUCUUCAUCAUCAUUUUCUUCCCAGUUUACAGCGGUGGUCUGAACUCGUCUAAAGGCACUGGGAGUGGUGGCAGCGGUGGGAGCAGCCCAAACUCGGCCGGGCCAAAUUAA